UCAUCAUCACUGUCGUUGGGCAUAAUACCGACGGCGAUAUCCUGGUUGUACCAGUUAAUAAGCGAGAGAAGUACGCAGACAGGUAUGGGCUAUUGCGUGAAGAUAUCUGCUGUCCAGGUCUUUGGAAGGCAGGAAGUGGUCACUGAUUUGUUGUCUGGACUUGUUGGAGGUCAGUUUGAUGAUUCGAUAAAAACUCUGAAGGUCACAUACGACCCUUUGCGUGGCCCCUUCAUGGAACAACCAAUCGAAUUGAGGGCCCUUUCCAUAGAACAAGCAGCUUAUUAUCUCGAUACCGCCAUUAAAUCAAAAACCACUUCUGAGAUCAAAGAAGACUGGAGGAAUUCUCAUUUCAUAUUCACACUUCACCUCUAUCAUUAUAAA